UCUCUCUCUCUCUCUCUCUCUCCACCUUGAUCAUAAAUACCACCAUAACCCCCCGCCCCUACCAUCAAUCCAUCACCAGCUAGCACCUCUUCUUCGGUUCUUCCUUAGCUUCCCGUAUCUCCCUUGCUCUAAACCACCACUUCUCUCAACUUCCAAAAUGGCCAUUAAAAGGUCUAAUAAACUCCCUCAAACUGCACUUCUCAAGCAAAUCCUCAAAAGAUGUUCGAGCUUGGGAAAGAAACAUGGCUACGACGAGGAUGGCCUUCCGCUGGACGUCCCAAAAGGCCAUUUUGCUGUCUAUGUUGGCGAAAAGAGAAGUAGGUACAUUGUCCCAAUUUCAUUCUUGACUCACCCUGAGUUCCAAUGUCUCCUCCGCCAAGCUGAAGAAGAAUUCGGCUUUGAUCACGAUAUGGGCCUCACCAUUCCCUGCGAAGAAGUCGUUUUCCGCUCUCUAACCUCCAUGCUAAGAUGAAAAGAGAUGGAGAACUUGAUGGGUUUUCUUUGAGAAGAUGACUAAGAUGAAGCAGCAGUUUCUGCUUCUCUUUUUUUAACAUCUUUCUCCUCUCCAUUUUUCGACGUUCAUGAUUUUUUUCUCUCUCAGUUUGUCGCCCUUUUUUUGUUAGGGAACCAUUUGGGUUUUUAUGUUCAAUGACUCUAACGUAAACGCUUGGACAUUUUAUGGGUUGGAGAAUAUGUAAAGGUUUGAGAUUUUCCUCACAGAGGUGGGUACUGUUACGCCCUGUGAGAGAAGUUGUUUAAUGGAAGCAAUGGUGAUUUGCCUGUGCUA